AGUUAUGGAAUGACCCAUAGGAGAACAUCCAAUCAAUGUCCAAGCUUUUCGUUUUUGUGACGUCAUAUUAAAUGCUUAUACUUUGAAUUGUUACUUUCUAGCACAACCUUGGCACAACCCAACCAUUUUUGCCGCGGAAACGCCUACUGAAGUUCAUUGUUCUGUUGCAAUUGCAAUGCGUUGUUUGAAUGAAACAGUUUGGAGAUAGGGCGCAGUCGGUGGAUUCAUUUUUCAAGUUGGGACAGAGGCUGUCUCUGUAAAAGUUUGUCUUUCUGCCAGUGGGCUAGUGAGGGGGUGUAUCACACGGAUUGUAAUUUUUUGGGAAGGUCGAGGUGCCGUCAGUUGUUGAUUUUGUUGAAAAUGCCUCCAGUAGAAAAGGAGAAAACAAGGGCUGUUGGAGGGAACCAGGUUAGGUCUCUGGAUUUGUCUGGACAUGUUGGCUUUGACUCCUUGCCUGACCAGCUGGUGACAAAGUCUGUGCAGAAUGGGUUCACAUUCAACAUUAUGUGUAUUGGUGAGACUGGGCUGGGAAAGUCAACUCUUAUGGACUCAUUGUUCAAUACCAACUUCGAGUCUUCACAAAGUCCACACAACUUGUCAGUAGUGAAGCUGAAGGCACACACCUAUGAACUCCAGGAAAGCAAUGUUAAAUUGAAGCUUACUCUCUGCGAUACCGUGGGUUACGGAGACCAAAUCAACAAGGAAGACAGCUUCAAGGCCAUCGUCGACUACAUCGACACCCAGUUCGAGAACUACCUGCAGGAGGAGCUGAAGAUCAAGCGGUCCCUCUCGGCGUACCAUGACACGCGCAUUCACGCCUGCGUCUACUUUAUCUGCCCCACGGGGCACGGCCUGAAGUCUCUGGAUCUUGUGUGCAUGAAGAAGCUGCAGAGCAAGGUGAACAUCAUCCCCGUCAUCGCCAAGGCGGACACCAUCUCCAAGACCGAGCUUAUCAAGUUCAAGCAACGCAUUCUGGCUGAGCUGAACAGCAACGGCGUGCAGAUCUACCACUUCCCAACCGACGACACGACGGUGGCCGAGACCAACCAGGCGAUGAACGCACACAUUCCGUUCGCGGUGGUGGGCAGCACCGACUUCGUCAAGGUCGGCAACAAGAUGGCCAGGGCUCGCGAGUACCCCUGGGGCACCGUGCAGGUUGAGAACGAGAACCACUGCGACUUUGUGAAGCUCCGUGAGAUGUUGAUUCGCACCAACAUGGAGGAUCUGCGCGACACCACGCACACCAAGCACUACGAGCUCUACCGGCAGGCGCGCCUCGAGAAGAUGGGCUUCAGCGACGUCGGUCCGGACAACAAGCCGGUCAACUUCCAGGAGACGUACGAGACCAAGCGCUCUGAGCACCUGGACGAGAUGCAGCAGAAGGAGGACCAGAUGCGACAGAUGUUCGUCCAGCGCGUCAAGGAAAAGGAGACAGAGCUCAAGGAGGCCGAGAAACAGCUGCAGCAGCGAUUCGACAAGAUGAAGCGUGAACAUGGCGAGGAGAAGCGGCGUGUGGAGGAGGAGCGGCGGCAACUGGAGGAGGAGAUCGCUGAGUUCCACCGGCGCAAGGCGGCCCACAUGGCCGGAUCGGGCACCCUCACUCUCGGAAAGAAGAAGAAAUGAGCGGCGGAGUGACAGGCGAAGGAGAGGAGGGGUGGAGAGAGCAGCUGAGGUGACGGAGGAGAGUCGGAACAGCGAGCGAGAGGACCCGGGGAGAGCAGACUGAGUGGCGGGAGCUCCUGCCUUGACGACUGUUUUAACCUGAUGGCGCCAAAUAGUCCAUGAAUUGCCAAUGCGAAUGAUUCGGCUGGCUGAAUAGCCGCGUCCCUCUACAAGUCUACAGACCAUGUUAGCUGGCUGGAUACGCUGCACGUUUUUAGUAUCGUUACACGCACCCAUGUACUCCGGACUGGAGUGGACGGGACGGUUCAUCAUGCGCACCGAACGCCCGACCCGCCGCGCUGGUGGCUGUCGCUGCUGCCAAUGUGGCAUGCUUGCGCUUUUCUUGCUCCGCGUAUCGGUCUUGCCCUGCUCUGAGCGUUCGAGGGAACAAUGCUAUAUAAUUCCCCUGUCCAGUCAUGUGCCCCAUGUCGCGCUUCCUUUACGUUUUGUACGAGCUGUAUAAACUAUUUGUAAAGAA